AUGGCGGCGGGCACUGCCGUCCCUUCUCUGGCGCGGACCAUCAGGGCACGCAUGGGCCUGGGCUGCCUGCCCUGCUUGCGGCAGGCCCUGAGGCGACCUCCCCGCCCAGGCCGCAUCUCGUCCCACCACCGACUGAGGACCAGGCCUCUCUUCGCCCGUCGUUUCGACCCCGAGAGGCCACCUGCCCGCCCGCCUUCUUCACACAAAGUGGCUGACAGACGACCCUCAAAGAGGCUAAAAUGUGAAAAAAACAGUCUAUUAAAAUCAGAACUAGGACUUACAUGUGGAAGUGCUGGAUUCAGGGAAACGCCUAAAACAUCUGAUGGGGAUCAACAUUCAGAAGAUCUAGGAGACUGCAAUGUAAUACAAAAGAAUAAAGGUGAAAGCAUUCCAGAGACUAACAAAGAGAAACAGAAAAAGGAGGAUAAUGUUUCUCUCAAGCCACAUGCAGUGAAAUCAAGCAGUGCUCCGUCAGAAACUGGCAGUGAUGAAAAUCUGCACAAUCAUGUCUGCAGUGAAGAGGAGGGCAGCAGUGAGAGUUUACUUUCGGAUGGGUCUAGCUUGGAGGAUGGAGAUCUCCCGGAGAAGCCGAUAGAACUAGACAAUAGCAUUUUCUUGGAUGAAGACAGCAACCAGCCAAUGCCAGUGGCCCGGUUCUUUGGAGAUGUUGAGUUUAUAAAGGAUCUCCCACCAGUUGCACUACCAAGCACGACGAUGAGCAGGCGAGAAUUCAGAAGGCUACAUUUCAUUGCAAAGGAAGAUGAGGAGGAGGAGGAGGAAGAGGAUGUUUUCUAA